AGCAGCAGCAGCAGCCAUUUACAGAAACCACAGAAGAAGAGUGGACAGGCCGUCGGAGCUCUCAGCUGUUAUGAAGGACCCUCGGCUCAGCAGCUGUCAGCUGAUCAUCAACGAAGAACCAUUCGCUGAAUUCCUCUGGAUGGAGCAUGAAGAGGAGUUCAACCAACAGGUGGAGGAGCAGCUGAGGGAGGAGGACUUCAUCGAGCGCUGUUUCGAGGAGCUUUGGGAGGAAGAGGAGGAGAGAGAGAGCUUCAUCCCCUCCAGAGACCUCCCCCACCUCCAGGGGAUCCAAUCAGAGCUCCCCCUCCUCCAGGCGAUCCAAUCAGACGUCCACAAAGACGCAGACUACCCGAUCUACAGCCGUCUGAACCCCAACGCCAAGGAGUUCACCCCGGGCAUCCAGAAACACGUCAUGUGACCCAGAGACACGUCAUGUGACCCAGAGACACGUCAUGUGACCCCCCCGAGUGCCAAAGUUACUGCAGAACACCUGUCUCUCUGAAUGUAGACCCUCUGAGUUGAAGCUUUAAGAACAAACUGCUUUCUGUUACAAUCAGCUGUUAUUUGCACUUUUAUUUACAAACGUGUUCAGAUCUCAGACGUUGUUGUUUGAGUUUGUCCCAGAAUCCUGUGUGUCGGACCCUCUGCUGCCUCAUUGACUGACGUUUGUUUGUUGUUUUUUCUAAAUGCACAUAAAAUACUGUAUAAAAAGUCAUAUAAAGAAGAAAAGUUGUAAAAAAAAUAUCUAUUUUUUCUUAAUGAAAAUAAAUGUUUAUGGAGAAAAAGAGUGCUUCCUCUGCAGUGUGCUUUAUUCAAAGAGUGCUUCCUCUGCAGUGCUUUAUUCAAAGUGGGUUUUUCUUAUCAAAUAAUCCAUAGAUUAGUUUAUAAAUCUGAGUUCUGAAGAAAAACUAAACUUUCUGAGAAAAAGUCAGAAUUAUGAGAAUUUGUGGAAAAAGUAUUUAAAAAAAAUGAAAAUAGUC